CAGGAUAAGAAGCUAGAGAAAGAAUUCACACUGGAUGAAAAUAAUUUUCUGAAGCUGGGUAUAUUCCAGGAACUGUAACCCAAAUGUUUCUCUGUCCGUGGAGGCGAUUUCACAUUUGAAGUAACUUCUACUGAAGCUAGUUGUGUCCCAUCAACAUGUUCUGGAAGUUUGAUCUGAACACGACAUCGCACGUGGACAAGCUGCUGGAUAAAGAAGAUGUGACACUUCACGAGCUGAUGGAUGAAGAUGACAUCUUACAGGAGUGCAAGGCUCAGAACCGCAAGCUGCUGGACUUCCUCUGCCAGCAGCACUGCAUGGAGGAGCUGGUCAACCUCAUCACCCAUGAGCCCCCCGUGGAUAUGGACGAGAAGGUCCGCUUCAAAUACCCCAACACAGCCUGUGAACUGCUGACCUCGGAUGUGCCGCAGAUCAACGACAAGCUGGGAGGGGAUGAAACUCUGCUGAACAUCCUCUACGACUUCUUGGAUCACGAGCCCCCUUUGAACCCUUUGCUUGCCAGUUUCUUCAGUAAGACUAUUGGGAACCUCAUUGCAAGGAAAACUGAACAGGUGAUUGCGUUUUUAAGGAAAAAAGACAAAUUUAUUAGCCUGGUGCUAAAGCAUAUAGACACAUCAGCUAUGAUGGACCUGCUGCUCCGGCUCAUCAGCUGCGUGGAGCCCGCCACUCUGCGGCAGGAAGUGCUGAACUGGCUAAAUGAAGCAAAGAUUAUUCAGAGACUCGUGGAGCUGAUCCAUUCAAGCCAAGAUGAGGACAGGCAAUCAAAUGCUUCCCAGACCCUGUGUGAUAUCAUCAGAUUGAGCAGAGACCAGAGCAAUCAACUCCAGGAUAUACCUGAGCCUGAUCCACUUCUCACAGCACUGGAAUCGCAGGAAUGUGUGGAGCAACUCCUGAAGAACAUGUUUGAUGGAGAACAGACUGAAAACUGCAUAGUGAAUGGCACACAGGUUCUCCUGACACUGCUGGAAACGCGGCGCUCUGGGGUGGAAGGACUGAUGGACUCGUACACUCAGGGAUUUGAAAGGUCUUACACUGUCAAUAGCAGCAUCUUGCAUGGGAUUGAACCAAGGCUAAAGGAUUUCCACCAGCUGCUGCUCAGCCCUCCCAAGAAAACAGCAAUCCUGACUACAAUUGGUGUCUUGGAGGAGCCUCUGGGGAACGCGCGUCUUCAUGGCUCUCGCCUGAUCGCUGCUCUGCUUCACACAAACACUCCCAGUAUUAAUCAGGAACUAUGCAGACUCAGUACCAUGAACUUAUUACUUGAUUUAUUUUUUAAAUACACGUGGAAUAACUUUUUGCAUUUCCAAGUGGAAUUGUCCAUAGCAGCUAUUCUCUCACACUCUGUGCAAGAGGGAAAAACUACUGCUAAUGACCUAGAGAGCAAAGAAGAGGUGCUGAAUGGAAACGUGGCCACAGAGAACACAGGGACUGCAGGAAACACCACCGAGAACCUCAUGGUUACUCAUCUGUUCCAGAAGUGCUGCCUCGUGCAAAGGAUACUGGAUGCCUGGGAAGCCAAUGACAAAAUACAGGCAGAAGGUGGCAUGAGACGGGGCAACAUGGGCCACCUGACCCGCAUCGCCAACGCGGUGGUGCAGAACAUGGAGAAGGGCCCCAUGCAGACCCAAAUUAGUGAGUUCAUUAAAGAGCUACCUGAGGACUGCAGAGGGAGGUGGGAGAGCUUCGUGGAGGAGACGCUGACGGAAACAAACAGGAGGAACACGGUGGAUUUGGUGAGCACUCACCAUCUGCACUCUUCCAGUGAGGAUGAAGACAUUGAGAGUGCUUUUCCCAAUGAACUUUCUCUCCAGCAGGCCUUCUCUGAGUACCAGAUCCAGCAGAUGACAGCCAACUUUGUGGAUCAGUUCGGCUUCAACGACGAGGAGUUUGCAGACCAGGAUGAUAAUAUCAAUGCUCCCUUUGACAGGAUUGCAGAGAUCAACUUCAACAUCGAUGCUGACGAUGACAGUCCCAAUGCUUCCCUGUUCGAGGCCUGUUGCAACGAGAGGAUCCAGCAGUUCGAUGACAACGAGGAGGAAGAAGAUAUCUGGGAAGAGAAGGAGAUCACCUAUGCAACCCAAGUCAAAUCAAGAACACGAUUUGGAGCAUCUCAGACCUCAGAGAGUUCAUCAAAAAGUGAUCUUGAGAACGGAGAUCACGACGGUAGCGUGGACUCGGAAGAGGAGGAGGAAGCAGAGCAGCCCCCACCUCCUUCCUCAGCAAACAACACCACGAGUAAUAUUUCUGAGCAGAAAGACUCGGACUCGUCUGAAGGCUCUGGCUGGACAGCCGUGUUCGAGCCCGUCAGCUCCAAGCCCCCCCCGCCCUGCGUGGCCAUGGACGUUGGUUCCAGUGUCUGGGAUUCAGCAGCCCCGGAGAACCCCACCCCGGAGGAGAAAGGAUGGGCCAAGUUUACAGACUUCCAGCCUUUCUGCUGCUCAGAAUCAGGCCCACGGUGCAGUUCUCCUGCUGACACAGAAAGCAACGUCUCAGACGGGAACUCGAAGCAGAGUCAAGACAAGAACUUCAGUGCUGCCUCCCCCUGCGUUUGGAACGUCUGUGUCACCAGGAAAGCGCCGCUGGUGGCCUCGGACAGCAGCUCCUCCGGGGGCUCCGACAGCGAGGAGGAGGAGGAGAAGCCUGACACUGUCACAGAAACCAUCAGCACAGGCUCUGGGCAGGAAACCAUCAAGCUGACCAUGGACGCCAAGAACGAGAAGGCUGUUUUCACCAGAGUAUUUAGACCUGCAGUCAGAGGUGAUGCAGACUGCAUGGUGAUUGAUAAGCUGGCCAUCACUGACAUGGGCCCCACAAAAGCCUCCAAGCCCCUGAACAACGUGGCCCAGCACGUGGAGGAGCAGCAGAAGCCCAGCCCGGCCGGCACGGGGACGGCCACGAGGGACAGGAAAGAAGAAGUCUUGCCCUGUGCUGAAGCCACAUUAAACGGCCCUGCUUGA